AUGAUAAGCAAUGCCAGAUUAAAUUGUAUUUCUCUAUCAAUGGCUUAUCAAAGUGAUUUACCGCCUCCAUAUCCAGGUGAUGUUAAUACUGCAUCGAAACAAACAGUUUCUGCUCCCUAUUAUGGAAUCACUUCUCCAACGAAUAUUCCAAUAUAUAUCCAAACUCAAGCUGGAUAUCAACCUGUUUUACAACAAGUUCAUAUUGGACGAACUCCAAUGCAAUGUGUUUGUCCUAACUGUCAGCAAUCUGUUAUAACAAGUGUACAUCAUAAAGCGGGUACAUUUGCUUGGCUUUUAUGUAUGCUUUUAAUAUUCUUUGGGUGUAUAGUUUUUUGUUGUUUAAUUCCCUUUUGUUCGGAAAGUUGUCAGGACACUGUUCACUAUUGUCCAAAUUGUCGUCAUGAAUUGGGAAGAUUUAUUUUAUCGAUGAAUCCACCUGUAUUAACAUUACUUAGUUGUCUAAUGCUAAUAUUUGUUUUCAUCGAUUUUGUUGUUCCUAUUAUAGCUGGAUUUUUAUUCAAAAAUGAAAAUUGGAACGAUGCUAAAGAGGCAAAGUAUACUCGUUUAUGUGAACGAAUAGUCCGAUUUGAACAACAUAUUAAAAGUUCAUGUGAUUCAGCAUUAAAAAUGAGAAAAGAACGACCAUUAAUGUAUUUAAUGAUUGGUGUUAUUAUUUUGGCAUUUUUUGCUUAUGCUGGACAAUGUGUUGACAAUUUGUUACUUACUUAUUUAACAACAUUAGCCGUGUGUUUAGUUCCUGGUAUACGUAAUCGAAAAUUGAUACCAAUGAUUCGUGAACGUAUCGUGUUAUUUUGGAACAAUAAAAAGAAUUCAAUUACUUCAAAAAAGCCACCUGUAUCAACGAAUGGUCCUCGCACUAUGGGUACUACUACAACAACUACAACAACUCGUUCGACAGUAUAUGAAGUUACUAAACCGCGACCUUCAUCGAAUGCAACGAAUAAUAUUUUAUUUUCUACUUCAACAUAUAACAGUGGAGCAAGCGGUGAUUUAUUUAAAAAGUCACAAUAA